UGUAGAUCACAAUCGGUGCAUUAGUAUCUUUGGCUUCUAGUCACGCUUGUUUCAUGCACAACUGAAAAGUUGGCAACAUGCACGACAUCGCAACAACGGCGAUAAGACGGAGUCUGGAAUAAGUAAAGAUAUCCUAGUAGCAUCUUCGAAGAAUAGCCAGGAUGGAUGGCAAAGUUGACAAAGAGAAGGUCCCUAGACAGGGCAAAAAUGAGUCCGGAUUACUCCUCGAAAUUGUCAUUCCCUUCCUUUUUGCGGGAUGCGGGUUGAGUUUGGCUGGAUUGGUGCUCAAUCACGUCCAACAUUGGCCAGUAUUCCAACACUAUCCGGAUUUUUUUGUUUUGGUGCCGACUCUACUUGGCUUGAAAGGCAACCUGGAAAUGACCUUGGCCUCCAGAUUGUGCUCAAUAGCUGGUUUGGGUCAUUUGGAUCACCCCACCCGAGGGAGACAAACAUUGCUCUCCAAUUUGGCUCUGGUUCAGUUUCAGGGCAUUGUAGUGGGCGGGAUUGCAUCAUUGAUUCCGAUUUCUAUUCGCUUGUUGUGGCAUCACGACCUCACACUGUCCAGGAUCAUUCUGGUAUCGUCUUCCAGCAUUGUAACGGCCUCAAUUGCCAGUUUUCUCUUGGGAGUCAUUAUGAUCGCCGUCAUUGAAGGUUCUCGCAAAAAAGGAUUGAAUCCUGACAACAUUGCUACACCUAUUGCGGCCAGCCUUGGGGAUGUGCUCACUCUAAUCAUCCUUUCCUAUACUGCCUCCGGUUUCAUGGCUCUUCUUCAAUCGUUCCCUAUUGCUCUAGGGCUCAUCAAUUUGUUCUAUUUAGUUAUCCUGCCCUAUCUUUUUAUUCAAAUUACCAAGUGCGAAGAUGCCUUAGCCGUUUUCUACUCGGGCUGGACCCCCGUUUUGAUCGCUAUGCUCAUCUCAAGUUUGGGUGGAAAAGUGCUGAACUUGAGUAUCAAACGAUACCCCCACAUUGCCUCGUAUCAGCCUUUGAUCAACGGCGUGGCUGGAAAUUUGGUGGCCGUUCAAGCUAGUCGAAUCUCGUCCUGGCUCCACGCCUUCAGUAAUCUAGGACAUGAUCCGAAAGACAUGGAUGACCAUGAAUCUGACAAGAUUGAAGCCGACCAUGGCCGUACAGCGAGAAUACUCCUGAGUUUGGUGGUACCAGGGCAUGUGGCCUUCAUUCUUCUUGGGGCCAUUCUCCAAGGCCGAUGGGAGUUGGAUUGGAGCUUUAUCGGCUAUUUUCUCUUGGCCAGUCUUCUGCAAGUCAGCAUGUUGCUCUAUGUAGCUGAGAAACUCACACUUUGGUUAUGGAAGAUGAGAAUCGAUCCUGACAAUGCCAGCAUUCCUUAUCUAACAGCCUUGGGUGACCUUCUAGGAGGCAUCUUUUUGACCGUGGCGUCUCAUCUCAAUGAGUGAAGUCAAGGGCAAGCAGUGGUGGGUAUUCGCGUAAUGGAAUCAUUUCCUGUCAUUCAUCAUUGAAUGAGGACUCUAAUGAGGUUCUCUUGUACCACAAAUGCAUAACGUCCGCCAACAGGAGAAUGUAUGAAGAAACGAAAACAUAAACAUAGGCUGUGUUAAUGUAGCUCAUAAUGGGCUGAGAAUGUAUGAGUUCAGAUCCAUUGGGAAAUAAACAUUUGUGACCUUAAA